AUGGCAACAUUUCAGAAUCUGGUUGACUGUGAGCACAACUGUGAAGACCUCUCUGACAUGGUCUAUAAAGUUUUUCUGAUCUUCAACAAGAUACUGUUGUCUAACUAUGAUUCACACCUGCAGAAAUAUGUGGGCUAUGAUCAGUUUGGCAAAAAUGCUGAAAAAUUCAACAGUCAGUCCUGGAAAAUGGCCCAGUGGAAAGCUAAAACUGAUAUGCUGUGUAGACGUAGAGCAAAGGAACUUAUUUUCUCUUAUGUAAUGUCUCCUCAGGUCACAGUGAAACCAUAUGGGGAGGCUCAUUGUGGUUUCCUGACCAUGCUAGAGUGCCUUGUCUACAACUUCUUCCCCAAGGACAUCAGGGCCACCUGGCACAUAGACAAGACAGAGGUCACAGAAGGGGUGACCUCAACUGAUGAGAUGGCCAAUGGGGAUUGGACCUAUCAAUCCCACUCAUACCUGGAGUUUCUUGCUCACCAUGGAGAGAGAGUGAGCUGUAGGGUGGAGCACAGCAGUCUGGAAAACCCCUCAGAGGUCUUCUGGGGUGAGCACUGCACCAGGAAAGUGGUGUCAGACUGCCACAAUUCCAGCACCCUGUGA